GCUAAGGGGAGGCAAGAGGCGGCCACGGGAAGGCCAGAGGGGGCGGCGGGUCCGGCCCAGACCCAAUGAGAGCAGAGGACAGAGGCGGCGGGUCCGGACCGGUCGCGGGGCCGGCGGAGGAAGCUGGGCGAGACGGCGGUGGGGGAAGGCGGCCGAGGCUGCGGCAGAGCUGCAGCCUCAGCCAGAGAAGACGAUACGGCCGAACGGCCGCGGAAGGGAGACUGGCCCCACUGACAGCGUUGGCUGCUGCAGGACGACUGGGGCCGAUGGCGGCAGCGGCCGAGGCGAGAGCACUGUGUCCGGCCCGCUGGUAGCGGCCGCAGCGGGCCGGGCCCGCUGCCGCCGCCAGCCGCACUCGGCCCCGCCAGAGACUGAGGGAGCAGGAGCAGAAAGGAAGGAAGCUGGGAGGGCAAGAGAGUGAGCACGUGAGUCUUCUCUACUAGCGCCUGUUAAUGAAACGGGCUUAAAGCUACUAGUUUAAAAUAUAAGGCAUGAAUAUGGCUAUUUAAUAAACUAAUCUGGCUGAUGUUUUUUCCUAGAGAUGUAAUCUUAAUGAAGUGUAUUAUUAUCUGCUGUGCUGACCACCACUGGCAGCUGUCUUUCAUCCUGAGAAACAUAACAGGGCACCACCUUGCCACCCCUUGCUGCCGAUCCUGCUCCUAGGUGUAACAUCUUGUACUGGUUCUGGUUCACCAAAAGUACAAUAAAUGUGAAUCAGAUGUUACCCUUGCAGCACAAGAAUGACUGAGUUUACAAGACCAGACCAACAGUUAGCAGCUCCGCAACCAAUCUUACAUCGGUCUACCUGAAAGAGAUGACCUCAAACUUUAAUUUGUGCAUGCUGAAUAAAAGAUUCAUUGGGGAGGAGUGUAGUAAAGUGUUUAUAACAAAACUGUGGGAACUGAAAGGUUAAUAGUUGUAGGACAGGCUUCUGUCACCAGAGGUGUCUGGGAAGAAGAACUUCCUUGUUCUGUAGUGAGUGUGUAACCACAAGAUGGCUGAUGGGUUCUGAAGCUCCUGGUGUGUCAAGUAAAUUUGUAUUCAACUGUGAAGGGAAGAAGAACGGAAAGUUCAGUUACAACACUGGCCACACCACUUCCAUGGGCCAUUGCUGGCCCCGAGCACCAGUACGUGGUCAGUUAUGCUUUCUCUCACUCAGGAGCGAGAGAAAAAAUCUAACAGAGGAUCAGUGACUAGGAGUGGAACCAGUCACACAAGCUAAAGAUCUCAUUUUGGUAGCAGUGGAUGGUUAGACUGAGGGGCAGCUGUGGCCAAGUCCUCACACCAGCCAUUUUAAACCAUUGCAUCACUCUGUGAUGGUCUCGCGUUUUGUCUUCAGAUUUGAGAAAACUAGGAAGCCCAAAUUCAGAAUCCUUUCACCUCUCCAGGAUAUUCCUUUUUUGUGUGUGAUUUCAGCUGUAGCUGAGCUGCAGUUGAGAGAAUCCCCUUCAGUCCAGUCAUCAACUGCUGUCCUAAAACUGCUGUGAUCAGAAGAGGAGGUGGCAGCCAGGAACCACUCCAUCUUGCUUGGACUUGGUUUCUUUUCCUUUUUUAAAUAGAAUUUUAAUUUUCAAAAUAAAAAGUAGAUAAAUGCUUGGACUUGGUUUCACCCGAAAACCCACCUUGCUGAAAGAGCCCUUGCUGCAAUAGUCAUCCCCAGCACUUGGAAGAAUCCUGCAAGGAGCAACUAAAAAGACUUGUAUUAUUUUUUGCUACCUCAAGCACUUUUGUGGAAAGGCAAGGGAAGGGAGGAUAUUCCAAAGCCCCGGGGCAACCACAAAGAAAGCCUGGUCCUGAGUCAUCACCAAAUGAGCUGUGGCUACCGCAACUAGACCUCUGCAGAAGAUCAUAAGAGGUAGACCCAGAGGCCAGUCUUGCUGCCAUAUUCUGUACAAAGGUAGCCCCAUGUGGAGUGCAUUACAGUAGUCAAGCCCGGAGGCUACUAGCAUAUGUACCACUGUUUUAAGGUCAGAAAUGGACGUAGCUGCCAUAUCAGCUGAAGCUGAUAAAAAGCACUCCUAGCCACUGCCUCAACCUAAGAAAAUUUUGGAUCCAGGAGCACUCUCAAGCUAAGUACUGUACCUGGUCUUUCAGGGGGAGUGUAACUCCAUCCAGAACAGGCAGAUCUAAACCAUCUCUUGAAUCCCAACCUCCACAGUCAAUAAAGUUGUGACCUUGAGCUGGUGCUGACUCCUGGUGCCCACAGAGCCCUGUGGUUUUCUUUGGUAGAAUACAGGAGGGGUUUACCAUUGCCUCCUCCUGCGCAGUGUGAGAUGAUGCCUUUCAGCACAUUCCUAUAUUGCUGCUGCCCGAUAUAGGUGUACCAGCGGGGAUUUGAACCAGCAACCUCUUGCUUUCUCGGCAAGUCAUUUCCCUGCUGUGCCAUUAGGUGGCUCCACAGACACCUCCAUCUUAUUUGGAUUCAACUUCAUUCGGUUAUCCAUCAUCCAGCCCAUUACCGCCUCCAUGCAGGCAUUUAGAGAAGUUAGGCCAUUUCCUGAUGAUGUUGACAUGGAAAAAUAGAUCUGAGUGUCAUAUUGAUAACACCAUGCACCAAACCUCCUGAUGAUCUCUCCCAGCGGUUUCAUGUAGAUGUUAAAGAGCAUUGGAGACAGUAUGGAGCCUUGUGUAACUCCAUAUUUAGUUCUCAUUUUGCAGAGCAGCAAUCUCCAAGCAACACCAUCUGGAAUCUACCAGAGGUAGGAAUUGGACCACUGUAAAACAGUUCUACACAAUCCCACCCUUCUCAGGCGAUCCAGAACAAUACCAUGAGACCAAGUGUCCAUUAUCAUGCAAGAAGGCUACCAUGAAUAAGGAAUUAGUCUUCAUUCAAACUUUGAGUUGUGUCUGAAAACCUCCCAUGAUGCCUAAGUUACCAGUCUCAAAUGACCAGAGGAAACCUACCCAUAGAACUUCCAUAUAACCAUGUAAUAGUUACAACUACCAAACAAUAACUGUGAGUGGCCCAGCAUCUAUCAAAAUAGUGUUGAAUUUUGCUUUGUUUUUGCAAGACGUCUAUUUAAUUCCACAGCCAGGUAUUUAUAUCCCACCCUUCCAGUGCAAUACUGCUUGUGGCCACUUACAAAAAUGCACCAACUUUUGUGGGUAAGAGCCUACAACAUCAGAUGCAUCAAGUGGACAGUGAAGACAUCUGGUUUUAGACUCAAGGUGCCCUCGAACCCCAGGCCAACCCGAGGAAACCGAGGCUGAAGGCGAGACCUCUGCUCCCCCACUGACCAGGACUGGUGGAAGACACAGGUCGAGACCGUGGGCAUCGGCUCUCUGCUUCAAUCCCACUGGAACCGGAUUGUUGCACAGAGUGAAGAAAGAAGAAAGAAGGAACCAGCAUCACCAGACCCCAUGACCGGCUCUCCCGGUCUAUCCUCAGUUACUGUAACCUCACAUUCUGCUCCCCCAGGCUGCCCAGAGAUCCUAGUGUCUGUUAGGUUCAAGUGGGCGGGCAAUGCACCCAUCUAUAACUAUGCCUUUGUUUCAUGGCUGCGGGACCCUCCCUCACCUCAGCUUUCUGGCCUUAUACUUAAUCUCCGGCCUGUCCCUCCCGGAGCAGGAGACAGGGCCCAAAGGGGGGUGUAACCCUUGCUUGCGGAUUACAACUGAUGGCUGGAAGACCACUCAGACGUUGGUCUAUCACAGUUCAUACAGUUGCAAUGGCACUAGCUCAGCCUGCCGCCACGCUAACACCACUUACCAGGUGUGCACAGAGGCCGGCUCCAUAGUGUGCCACACCCCAGGCAGGCAGACCAGGUGGCAGCUCCAGUUGUAUGGGCCAGAUUCGGGGAUGGGAGCUACCGCCUAUAACAAACUCGAGGUACACCACCGUGCCUUCCUAUAGCCAGGACAAGCCUUUGACCCUUUGCUUCGACACCUGUCAUGCCACAGACCAGGACGCGGCUGGGACAUAUUGUGGAGGGGUAGAAUGGGAAAGAACCUACCGCACAGCCAGGUUUUAUGUAGGUUUCCACAGGGCUACUCUGAAUAGGGCUCCCGCUCGGUCUGGGAAGUGGGACACGAACCGCCAGAGGUGGGUGAACGCCUUGGGAGGCAAGGUUACCCAUGGCCAGACAAAACCAGACUGCAAACACCAUCGCUGCACCCCCCUCUGCCUCAGAAUCACUCCUAACCAGGCCAAGAGUUCCUGGGUGCCAGUAGGAGAAGGAAAUUAUGAGGCUGAAGUUAGCAUGGGAAUCCAUGUCCCAGGGGCCAGAGAUCCAACCGGCCGAGUCCGGCUCCUGAUGAAAGGGAACUGGGAGAAACCCACUGAACACCUUGUCCACACUAUGUUUUGGAAGGAGAUGGGCACAACCAUGGAGGUGCCAGCUGUUACCAAGAACCUGUUUGUGGACUUAGCAGAGCGAGUAGCCCUAAGCUUGAGUGUGACAAACUGCUGCGUUUGUGCAGGCACCAAGAUGGGCGAGCAGUGGCCCUGGGAGGCGCGGGAGGUGGAUUAUGUCAACAUAAGCAGGAGCCCGAAUUUAACAUGGACAGAUCAACAGCGCCCCACCCAGUGGGCCCUCCAGAACUCCAUCAUAGGGUCCAGAUGUUUUAUUCGCCCGGCUGGGCAGAAAUAUAACAUCUCCACAGGGACCCUGGCCUGUGAGGCAGGGAUGGUUUGCAAUACCACGAGGAAGUGGAUGGACUUCAAUCAUGCAGGCUCUCAGAUUCCCCCCAACCCUUAUAAUCAGUCUACCCAGAAGAGUCUAUACAAUCUCUGGGAAGACCCCUGCGGGACCUCCAGCUCUUGGGAGGCUCCAGACCACCUGUACUGGAUCUGUGGGACAGCCGCCUAUGUCAGUUUGCCUCCAACUUGGGCAGGAACCUGCGUGCUGGCCACAAUCAAACCCAGCUUUUUCCUCUUACCCAUAAGGGCAGGCGAACGACUAGGAGUCCCAGUCUAUGAGAGCAGAGGGCGAACCAAGCGGGGUAUUGGUUCACCUCUGAGAAUAGGAAACUGGAAGGACAAUGAAUGGCCCCCAGAGCGGAUAAUACAGUAUUAUGGGCCCGCCACUUGGGCUCAAGAUGGAAGUUAUGGGUACAGAACCCCCAUAUACAUGCUCAAUCGCAUUAUAAGGCUACAAGCAGUGCUUGAAAUCAUUACAAAUGAGAUCUCUUUGGCUCUCAGCCUCCUAGCCACAACUAACACCCAGCUCCGCACAGCAGUAUACCAAAAUCGGCUAGCACUUGACUAUCUGCUAGCAAUGGAGGGUGGUGUGUGUGGAAAAUUCAACCUGUCUAAUUGUUGUAUCCAGAUCAAUGACCAAGGGAAGGCCAUAGAGGAAAUCACUGAUCGAAUGCACAAAAUAGCUCAUGUUCCAGUCCAGAACUGGGAAGGCCUAGCCACCCCCGAUUGGUUUGAAAAUUGGUUUGAGUACUUUGGAGGUUUGAAAACCAUGGUGGGAGGAAUUCUGAUAUUGCUUUUUGAUUGUUUAUUGAUACCUUGUUUAUUACCCCUGUUUAUCUCCUUGGGACGAGAGGCCGUUGAGAAAAUAGUAAGAAAAGAAACUGCCCCCCAUAUAAUGGCUAUGUAUACAAGGUUACCUCAGAAAGAGGAGCCAUAAAAUGGCUCCUAAGGGGGGAAAUGUGGAAUGAGGGGAAAAUGCCUUUUCUGAAAGCUGCUUUGUAAUUACUUUGUUCUCAUGGAAUGGGAAAGUGUCUUUGCAAUCCAGUGCCUUUGUAAUUGUUCCAUUCUCCAUUUUCUGAGAUAGAAACUGCUCGAAGUUUUAGGGCGGUGGUUCAGCCGCAAAGAGUGUGAGACAGAACUCAGGUUUGCACUGGUCAAGAAAUGGUUAAUAGGGUUUGUAAGUUGCCUUACCUAAUUGCAAGUUGUAAAACCAUAAAUUUGCUGACAGGCUAGAAUGUGAGAAGAGGCCCCCCUUUCCUUGUAUCUCCUGAUAGCCAAGCCUGCAAAAGCCUGCAAAAGUUACACCUUCAAGGAUAAGGGGGGACAGCUUGCUUAUCAACAUGUAGAGUAGAAAUGCUUCAUUAACUAGAGGAAUGUUUGUCUAAUUAGCAAUGAUUAUAAUAUUUGUAAUAUGACGGACAAUGAUGCUAACCAAUGAAACGAUUGGUCCCUCGGGGCUGAAUGUUGACGCCCAGCUAUGUAAUUAUGCCAAAGUGUAAAAAACCUGAAACA